CCUAUGGUAUUCUCGCAGCGGUGGUUCGUGACGUCAUAUAGGAGCGACGGAGACGUUAAGUGUACGACAGCGGCCUGUGCUGUUGUUUUACAGAAACAAUUUUUGUUUGCCGGUGUAGGUCUAUAGUCCUUCACCAUCAUGAAACUAGUCAGAUUUUUGAUGAAGCUCAGCCAUGAAACGGCUACAAUAGAACUAAAGAAUGGCACUCAGGUCCACGGUACCAUCACAGGUGUGGAUGUCAGUAUGAACACUCACCUGAAGGCGGUGAAAAUGACUCUGAAAAACAGAGAGCCCACUCAGCUGGAGUCACUUAGCAUCCGUGGAAACAACAUUCGCUACUUCAUCCUGCCCGACAGUCUCCCACUUGACACUCUGCUGGUCGACAUUGAGCCUAAGAUCAAGUCCAAGAAGAGGGAAGCAGUGGCUGGACGAGGACGAGGCAGGGGUCGAGGACGUGGCAGAGGAAGGGGGCGAGGCAGAGGUGGAGCAAGAAGAUGAAGCCUAGGCCUUCUGUUUUGUGUUAUUGACUCGGUGAACUGUUUUUUUCAAUCUCUUGGAUUUUGUUUUCCUACUGUUUUCAUUUGAUGGCCAAAUAAAGUGUCUUUGAAAAUAA